ACGGCUCGCGCUUCCCCGACAUCACGUCGACGGCAGUGUUCUGCGCGUGGAAGAGGGGGGACAUGGAGGUAGAGGGCCGACCCUACUUCUUCGGUGAUAUAGGAUGCUGGUCGGAGAGGACGGAGGUGCACAAAGCCGCGUCCCUGGGCGAGGCCGCCCGGCUGCAGCAGCUCAUCCGGAGCGGAGCCUCCGUCAACACGGUGGCCGUGGACUCCAUCACCCCCCUCCACGAGGCCUGCGGCCGCGGGCAGGCCCAGUGUGCCAGGCUGCUGCUGGACGCCGGGGCGCAGGUGGAUCCCAGGAACGUGGACGGGAGCACGCCGCUGUGUGACGCCUGUUCGGCCGGCAGCUUCGAGUGUGUGAGACUCCUGCUCGAGCACGGAGCCAAGGCCAACCCCGCCCUCACCUCCCGCACCGCCUCGCCCCUCCACGAGGCCUGCAUGGGAGGGAACUCGGACUGUGUGAAGCUUCUGGUUGCGACGGGUGCCAGACUGGAGGCGUACGACCUUUACUACGGGACGCCGCUGCACGUGGCGUGUUCCCACGGAAACACCAACUGUGCUCGAGUGCUGCUAAACGCAGGUGCUAAAGUGAACGCCGCCCGGCUUCACGAGACGCCGCUGCACCACGCCGCCAAGCUGAUGCUGGUGGACAUGAUCGAGCUGCUGGUGGAGUUCGGCGCCAACGUGUAUGCCAGAGAUAAACGUGAUAAGAAACCUAUAGACUACACCACCCCUAGCUCCCCCUCUGCAGUCUGCCUACAGUUUUAUGAGAAUACGCCUCCGAGUCUGCAGCAACAGUGCCGAGUGGCGGUGAGGAACAUGCUGGGCACCAGGGCCCUAGAGGUCAUAGGUCAACUCGACAUGCCGAAGCUCAUCAUCAAGUACCUCUGCCACCAAUGACGGCCGUUAUUAUUCCCCCCAGAACGAAACGCCGCGCUGGGGGACUCGCGGUAACGUACACAUCUUUAGCGGAGACGGGCCGCUUCGGUGGUCUCUCCGGGAGGGAGCGGGGUGAUGUUUUCACCGCUUGAAAGCGGUUUAAACAUAACAGAUGUUCUGCAGCACAACAGCAGCGAGUGUUUUUCAUAUUAGGGGCAGUCGUGGGUUCGAGUUUAUUUAAGGACUUCAGUGUCUCGUAAACAACCAAUGAAUAACGGAUGAGCAACAGAGCUCAGCGGAGGAGAGGAAGGAGAGAUGGCGGAGGACAGAAGGAGUUCUGGAAUGAAACAACAACAUAUUCUGACACACACACAC